AUGGCUGACGAUGGCAGCCCAGACGAUCGCGAGGGACGCCCUCAGACCGCUCCCGAACCAAAGGAAGCCGAAACUCGCCCUCACUCUCCCUUGAGACCUCAGAGACAGAGCCCCAUUCUCCGGCCCUACACAGCAGGCCAGAGCAAGGGAGGCUCGGCCGGCGGCCUGUCGAGAAUGCGCCGGAAGGACUACCAGGAUUUGAAGGAGCUGGCGACCUAUGGCAAAACCCUAAAACCCCUGGACCGUAAGCGGAUGGCGAGCGCCAAGCCUGGGAGUGCAGGGGGAGGGGACAGCAUGGGAGCGGAAAACUUCGAGGAGCCACAGAAAAAGGGGGGGGNAGAAGAGGGAGAGACGAAAAAGAGUCGAGACGUUGGGCAGUGGGAGGCGGCCGAGCCGUCCGAGCGUCGAGCCGUUACCCCGAGG